AUGCACUCGCGGUCGGAGAAUGCAGCACGGGGGUACACCAUGACAGGCAGAACGACCGUGUCCGGAAACGCCGUCUACUUGGCGCCUGGUUUUCCCGGCGCCCCCACGGCUGCGUAUGCUAGCCGCGAGCACAUUUUGACCGAUGGCACGCCGAGUGCCCAGGCCUUUUCGACUGCCUCUGUCGCGGGUUUCUCGGAGACAGAUUGCGAGCCUCAGCGCAAGAGCACCGACGUGCACUGGCUCUUGGUGUUUGGCGGCUGCGCCCUCGUCACCUUCUGCUUCCUCCUUCUCGCCUUCGCAGAAGGCAGUCCGUCGCGCCUCACUCGUGGGCUGAACUACCAAGGCAAGACUUGCGGAGUCGACGCCAGCGUCCGGGAUUUGCCCUUCCUGUACGUGCCGCUGGACCCGCGAGAACGGUACGCCUCGCUGAUGCUCGACGACGCCAGAUGCGUCGCGGAGUGCCCGACCGAGCAGGACGUGGAGGCCGGGAAGACGAUCCCAGUACCCAUUCGGGAAACCGACACCGACCCCGGCAGGGCGUCGUCCAUCACCGUCCAGUUCGCUCUCCAGUCCCCUGCCUACGCCGCCACCCUCAUGGCGGGCGCCUACUGCGUCCCCCUCGACACCACUCUCCGGCAGCAAAUCGGCACCAUCUUAAACUCCCACUUCCGCCAGAUCCAAGUCGCUCUCGGAUCCUUCAGAGCCGCCUGGGGAUGCGUCUUUGGCUACACGCUCCUCGCUGCUCUCUUUGCCGCCGUCUUCGCCUUCCUCCUCCGACUCUCCCCCGGCGUCGUCCUCGGCGUCACCGCCGUCUGGGCCAUCUGCCUCGCUGUCGUCGCCGGCGCCUCGCUCGUCUCCAAUGGCCUCUCCGGCGUCCUCGACCCCGACAAGGGAAACUUCUACGCCCUCGACUACUCUUGGGCACUCCUUGUCGGCAUCCUGUUGAUCGCCGCUGGAGGCCUGAUGGGGCUGCUUCUCUUUGCGGCCAGGCGAGCAGUUGGAAACGCCGUGCGUCUUCUUGAAUGCGCUGGCGAGGCUGUCUUCGACAUGCUGCAAAUCUUUCUGGCUCCCAUUAUCUUUGGCACAAUCGCUAGCUUGUGGAUGUGGUUCUGGCUCGAGGGUUACCUCUACAUCGUGUCUGCGGGCACGGUCGACAAGACACAGGUGACGUCGGGGAUUGAUCCGAAUGGCGACGUAGACGUUUUGCCGCUCCAUCGUUCGAUGGUUUGGGACGCGCGCUUUAUUCUCUUUGGAAUCGCCUGGUGGUUCGCUCUCUUCUGGGUUGUUGAGAUCGUCCUCGCCUUCUGCCAGUUCGUCAUCGCCUACUCCGCAACCGUCUGGUAUUUCUCUCCGCCGGAAGGCGCGGAGGAGCGAGACGUCGGGUGGUACCCUCCCCUCGUCGCCGUCGGUCUCGGCGCUCGCCACCACCUCGGCAGCUUCGCCGUCGGCGCUCUCGUCCUCGGUGCGACGCGGCCGCUCAGAAUCUUCUUCGGGUGGGCGUCCUCGAAAAGCUUGUCCCUCCAUCGCCACUCCCCGAUCGUCCAGAGCCUCACAGACUGCUUCCGGAACGUCAUGCAGCCAAUCACCUUCGUGGUUGACCGAUUCACCUCUUCAGGCUUCAUCGAGAUGUCGAUUUCUUCCAGGUCUUUUUUCCCGGCGAUGGACAAGUCUUGCUCGCGCAUCUUGAACUCGCGAUCGCCGGCCGCCUAUUUACACGGAGUUGCAAACAUUUGCUCCAUCAUCGGCACGUCUGCUGUCUCCCUCACCGUCAGCUUCAUGUGCUAUCAGACGUUGACGGGCACGGAGAAAUACGCCUCUCUGACCUCUCCGAACUUUGUCGCAGCUCCUCUGGGUGUUUCCCUCUUUGUCGCUUUCAUCGCGGCCGUGAUUUCCUCGCAGUACAUGGCCGUCUGGGACACAGUCGCCGACACCUUCAUGUACUGCUUCCUGGUGGAGUCCGUCCAGCCUCCGGUCGUCGACGAGAACCCCAUCACCAAAGUGCAUGCGCCAGCCUGCCUCCGAGAGCUGCUGCUGGACGCGCAACAAGAAAUGAUGUAG